AGGUACAUCUUUAAAUACAUGUUUGCAUUGUGUCAGAAAUUAACAGACCAGAAACCAGCGAACACAAGGGAAAGGCCUUUAAAAAACAGGAUACAGCAGGCUAAUAUUCAAAUAUUUAAGAUGUAACGUUUACGCUUCCGGAUAUGUGGGCUUUCUGGCGGACACAAGGUAUCUAAUAAAUAUUUCGUUUGAAUUGUACACUGGGGAUUGUGCUCUUACGAGUCAGGCACACUAUCAACAGACACUCAAGCCAGCAUAAACGAGGAACACUCCUCCCCGACAGCAUUCGCCUUACCAUGCAGCACUAACUGUUCGACAACUCACGCUGCUGAAACGACGUCGUCUGAUUUCCGAGAUGAGGGAGGGAGCUGUACGGAGCGGCGUCAUGAAGAGUCGGAGACGCGGGGAGGUCUAGCGCCUGAACCCGGCAGCCGCCAGGAAGCCGAGAGCCAGGGAGACCGGUUUAGCGCCUUUUCGUUUCCCGGACAACUGUCGCGAGCGCGCCGAUGCGACGCGCAGGCGGGGUCUGUGACCGCGACCCUUUCGCCCUCCCUCGGUCCCGCGACCGCACCGUCCCCGUGGGCCUCCGCGCCCGAAUAGGACACCGCCACGCCAGGACCACGUUCGCAACCACGGCCUCUUACGCUCAGACCACGGUCCUUCACGCUCAAACCACGGUCUUUUACGCUCAAACCAAACUCAGGUAGCUGUCGUCUUUUUACCACAUAUUUAUUUAUUUUUUAAACUUUGAGGUAACUUUGAGCUUGCGGACGUCGGUCAAUCCGGGACUGUUUUAAAAAAAUAAACAAGCUUCCCGGGUGCUUUCCUCUCAUAAUCCCAUCUAACGGCGACAGGAGGGGACCUGCCGUCGAAGAAGCGUCCAGGAGCCCGGCCGCGUUCUCCCCGGUAGCAACCGCUAUUUCCCCGUUAGCACCCGCUAUUUCCCCGUUAGCAACCGCUAUUUCCCCGUUAGCACCCGCUAUUUCCCCGUUAGCGACCGCUAUUUCCCCGUUAGCGACCGCUAUUUCCCCGUUAGCAUCCGCUAUUUCCCCGUUAGCACCCGCUAUUUCCCCGUUAGCGACCGCUAUUUCCCCGUUAGCGACCACUAUUUCCCCGUUAGCGACCGCUGUUUUCCCGUUAGCGACCGCUAUUUCCCCGUUAGCGACCGCUGUUUUCCCGUUAGCGACCGCUAUUUCCCCGUUAGCGACCCGCGUUCUCCCCGUCAGCGGCCCACGUUCCGCCCAGGCAUGCAGUGCAAGCGGAAGGUGUGCCUGUGCGCGCUGCUCUGCGGGAUCCUGUUCGUCACCAUCGCCACGCACACGCUCCAGCGGGGCAACCUCCUCCCCCUGGCCGUGGCCGCGCUGCGCCCCUUCGCCGCCACGGCGCCUGCCGGGACUCUGGGGCGCCCGCCCCCGACCGAGGCCGCCCGGCCCGAGGAGGGCGUGGCCUGCGGCUGCCCGUCGUGCGUGGCCGACGCCGGCCGGUCCGAGUGGUUCGACCGGCACUACGACCCCCAGCAGCAGCCCGUCCUCACUGCCCAAAACGCCAGCCUCCCCCCGCUCACCCUCAAGUGGUGGCUGGGUCUCCAGCGGUCUGCGGGGGAGCCGAAGACGGAGGAGGUGAUCCAGAAAAUGUUCCAGGUCAUCUCCAGCCCCUUGCCAGACUGGAAGCCCCAGAAGACUCGGUGCAGGAAGUGUGCCGUGGUGGGAAACUCAGGGAACCUGCUGGGCUCGAAGCAUGGCCCGCUGAUCGACUCCCACACCAGUGUGAUUAGGAUGAACAAAGCCACUACCUCGGGGUUCGAGGAGGACGUGGGGAACAGGACCACGCACCACCUGAUUUACCCAGAGAGCGCGGUGGACCUGCGGCCUGGCGUGCACCUCGUCCUCCUGCCCUUCAAACUGCGGGACCUGCAGUGGGUGGCCAGCGCCCUGACCACCGGGGAGAUAAAGACAACGUACAUGAGAGUGAAAGCGCGCAUCCAGGCCGAUAAAGACAAGGUGAUCGUGGUGAACCCGACCUUCUUCAAAUACACCCACGACAGGUGGACGGAGCGCCACGGCAGGUACCCGUCCACCGGAAUGCUGGCCAUCGUCUUCUCCCUGCACGUCUGCGACGAGGUGUCUGUGUUUGGCUACGGGGCAGACCACCUGGGGAACUGGCACCACUACUGGGAGAACAACAAGCUGGCCGGGGCGUUCCGCAGGACCGGCGUGCACAACGGCGACUUCGAGAUGCAGGUCAUCGAGAAGCUGGCCGCCGCCGGCAAAAUCAAGCUGCACAAAAGAUGAGAGGAGGCGGAGCCUUAGCCGGACCGCACCUAACCGCACGCAGCCGGAAGCCAUACCGCCGCCGGGCGCUAAACAAACAAACAGACCAAAGAGAGGACACCGGCGACCGGCCCUGUAUGGCUGGGAGCGCCGCAGUCUCGCAGAACCAAACAAACAAACAGACAAACAAAACCGCAAAACGCUGUCCUAAGACCAAACCAAUCGCUCGUGUCUCCGUUUAUACUUGAGUUUUUUGUUUAUUAAAAAGCCUGUGUUUUAACGGCGUGUCUCACAGACGGUUCGGGGUGCUGUCGCCACCCUGCGGCGGGGCGUACGGGGACCGGAGCGCGAGCGGGAAGUUCUAUUUCUGCCCCAGUGCUUUAUCCUGAACCACCGCGCCUUAUCCACAGCUAUCCUGCAGGAAUUCGGGAGCCUCGGGGGGGGUGUUGACCCAAAACGAGGCCGCGAGCAGCUCCGCUCACUCCUGGGGGUUGGAGGCGGGGUUUGGAAGCUCGCGACCGCACGCAUGCCCUGCAGCAGCUCGCACACGCAUGUGCUGUGAAGCUGCGGUCACUUUAAGAGGGUCGUGGAAAAUCGAGCACUUUUUAAAAUGUUUUUUUUUUUUUCAGAAAGUGGAGAAUUUAAUCGCUAUGGACUGAUAUACAUGGAAAUUCAAGCAGCUUCUUUUUUUUUUCUUUGCUAAAACUCUGCCUUCUGCUGCUUUGGUCAGAGGUGCGCAUGACAAAUCACUAAAUCGCCACGACGACUGGGGCGGUCCGCCUGUGGCCACGUUACCUGGUGCCUUGUGCUGGAUGCUUCUCUCGACAGACUGAAUGUUGUACUCAAUGCAUGAUUGGACGGGUGGGCGGCACUGAGCAGCCAAUCAGGAGGUACCAUCAUGCAGUGCAGGGGGCCGGUUGUGAAGCCACUCAAUGAGAUCCGUUUCAACAAAGAUAUUACAUAUACUGACCAGGGAAUAUUUGUUUUAAAUCCUGAGAUGGUUUACCCACUAUAUGUGAAUCAUCUAAUAGCUUUUACCUCCUAUUUUUCCUGCAAAUCAAAAGUUUUUUUUAAUAUUCCUUUAGUUAAGGGUGAUUUAAGUGACCUAAAUAGAGUAUCUUUGUUGACACUGAUCCAGAGUUGACUGCAUGGUAUAAUUAUGUUCGGAAAUUCAGUUUCCAUUCAAACUUUGAAGAGGAUCUGCUUUCGGAGCACGAAAACCAGAUGAGAGAGGAACUGAAUUCUGAAACGCUUCUUCAGAGAAAUGUGUGAUUUGAGCAAACCCCAUAUAUUUGGGGUUAGUGAUGACUUGAAUUCAAAUCUGUCCUGUAUGUGUGGGAAUGAGGGAUUUUUAAAAAAUGUAACCAGUGUAUAAAGCAUGUGCGUGCAUGUGUGUGUGUGUGUGUGAGAGAGAGAAUUGCAACUGUUUCCAUUAGCCUUAAACUGGAGACCUGUGGGGAACAUGCUCUCCCUGCCUGUGCCCUGUCCUGUCCACUCCAGGAACAAUUUUCCAUAAAGCAAAUACAGCCAUUCAUUAUAUGCAGUGAAUAAAAGGAAAUUUUAAUUGGGUGACUGGGCUUCGAUAUGAACUGCAUACGCUGCAUUAGGUCAUAGGCCCGUAUUGCAGAACCAUCUCUUAUGCAAGUCUGUAUGAGGUAACACAAUGCCUGUUUCCAUCUGGCUUUAACGGGGACAUCUGUUCAUCUCUUUUGUUUUGGAAAUAAAUGCAUGUAACAAGUU